UUUAUUGAACUACCAUCUGCAAAUUCUCAAUGAUAAACACGUGUUUCUCAACAUCGGUUUGCUUUCUCAACGGAGAUUUUUUUCUCAACCACCUUUUUUCGAAAUGGCUUGCCAUAUGUUUCAGCAAAUUGUGUUCCUGGCUUUAUCAUGUGAUGAUAUCAUUCAUUCCAUUGACAACUAAGCAAUGCAACAUUGCUCAUUUUCUGUAAUCCAACCAAUAGGUUUACUGCCAACUACCCACGUGACUCAAUUUAUCAUGUUUCCAAUGUAAAUAAACAUGAGCUACCAAGUACGGUGAAGUGGCAGUCUAGUGGAUGCCAAGAAGUACAAUUAAUAAAUUCAUUGAAUUAGAUUGAGCUUCGAAGCAACUUUCAUAUAUUACUUCUUUAAAAGCUUGAAGACAAUUAGGUUUUUGAGCAACGGAAUAGAAGAUUUAUUUAUGUUUACACAUCCAGUUUGGAAAUAUUUCUUUGGUGUGUUUUUUGUGAAGUUUGUGUACGAGAAUGGCAAUUUAGUAAGAUCGGAUUCAUGUCGCAUAACUACGACACCUCAAAAUUACUUUGUUCAUGCUCCUUUGGGGUCAAACUUGACUCUUAGUUUUUCGUAUGAAUGUAAAGGAAAUAUAAGCUGGCCUGAAAAUUAUUCCGUACAAUGGUCCGCUAAUGGAGCUAUAAUUUGUUGGAUGUUUAUUGAUAAUGGUUUCUUGGACAUUUUUCCGAACCAAGUUGACGAUUCAUAUAUGAAUUCCACCUUCUCGAGCAUAACUUUAAAUAACAUCUCCAUUAAAUACAACCGAUGGCAAGUCUUGGCGCAACUAACUAUCAUAGACAAAUUCGAUACGAGAGUUGGUCUUCGUUCUUAUUCUUCACAAAUCACAAUUUUAGUUACAGCUACAUAUACUUCCAGCAGCCUGAUUACUUCAUGGAUAAAGGGUGGUAUGUCUGGUUCUUUGCAAGCUCAAAACUCUGGUGAACCAAAAUUUAAAUCAUCUAUGUUGCCAACACUUUUUUUAAUGGCCUCAACAAUAUAUCGAUCAGAAAGUGCGUCCUCUAAAAGGAGCUACAUGUUGUCACCAUCAUCAAUGAUGUCCUCAUUUACAAAAGCAUUUGAUUAUAACAAAAUCUCAACGACGACGUCACAUGUAGAGAGAAUUCAGUCGACAGUUAUGGUUGCACCAAAUCAAUCUGUUCAUUUUAACCAUGCAUUUGAUUAUAACAAAAUCUCAACGACGACGUCACAUGUAGAGAGAAUUCAGUCGACAGUUAUGGUUGCACCAAAUCAAUCUGUUCAUUUUAACCAUGCAUUUGAUUAUAACAAAAUCUCAACGACGACGUCACAUGUAGAGAGAAUUCAGUCGACAGUUAUGGUUGCACCAAAUCAAUCUGUUCAUUUUAACGAUGAUCAUUACCCAGUCUCAGAUGAAAAGCAACGAGUUGCAUGGACGUGGAUAUUUAUAUGUUUUAGUGCUGUGGUUAUCGUGAUUAUAAGCAUAACGUUGCUUACUAUAUACAGUUGGAAGAUUUUAUUACGAUACAGGCACUCGGUUGUGUGUUGGUUGUUAUAUUAAAUUAAACAGGUGUGUCUUAUAUGUUUAAUGUUUAUGCAUGGUCCCUUAUUAAAUUUAAGUUGUGUUUUAGUACUGAUAACAUUGCGCUCUCGAUGAAAAGAUUCUGUAACUAUAAAAAGAUUUUGUAAAUUUUGACAUUAGAACCAUGGGAUUUUCUUUUGAAA